AUGGUCGAUCAGCCGGAGGACGUGAUUCUCCCAAAAGGACCCGACGAUUCAGAUGGUUUCAGAAAACACGAUUGGGAGGAUAAAGAGCUGCAGAAAUGGCUCGAAGAGGCGAAGGGAUUCCAACAGGCUCACUACAAUGACAACGAGAGAACGGAGAGGUUCCGGAACGAGCGGUCCACGGAGGAUGGCCUAAUGUUGCGACUGUGCGUGAUCUCGUAUGGAAUGCGACCGGGCUAUUCGAGUCUCCUGCAAGCCUACAGUAAGGCCGAAAAAGCCCCGGUCAAAGACAUGAUCAAGACAAUGAAGAAGAACUGCAAAGGGGCCAUCGAGUUCAAUAUUGUUUAUGUGUCGAUCGGGGUCAAACAAGACGAUGGAACGUUUGGAGAUCGAGAGAUUCCAUUAAUCCGUCUGACGGCCUCCAAAAAAGUUAUCGACAUGAGCGAUCCGGGCUGUCUCUAUCGAAGCUAUCGUGACUAUCUUGACAAGAACAAGUUGGAACCGUCCGUGAUUCUCUACCCGGAGAAUGGCACCUAUGCCGAAAAGAAGGUCCAGCUGAAGGCCUGCGAAUCAAAUAGUUGCACCUUCUUCAGCGACGUCGUCAAAGUGGCCCAAUUUGUGGUGACCGUGGUCGGAGUUGCGACAACAAUCAUGACCCCUCUGUGUAUGCUCGGGGGGCCAGCUCUGGCAGCGAUGAGCGCUCGCGUGGCCGUGACCGGCUCUUUCUGGGCCGCCAGUCUGAUCAGGGCGGGAGCAGUGGUGGCCACCGCUUCGAGGUAUCUCUCCGUGGCUAACACGAUCACUUCGUGGGCUGGAGUCGUCUUCGCCGGGAUGGGAAUCUACCAGAAAUUGGGCCGCGGCGAGACUUGCUAUGGAGAAGUGAUGACUAUGCUGACAUUUGCUCUGAACAAAGCCCAAGAAAUGUAUGCAAGGAGGGUGAGGAACGCGAUUCUCGUAGAUGGAUUGACGUGGGGAGAGUGGGAAGCGACGCUAAGUCCAUACGACAAGUUGUUGUACUUCACGGCGAGACUGUUGCCUAUGAUCACUUCGUCUGUUGGCUUGGCCGUCACUUUCUACCAAUUGUUGAUGAAUCCAUAUCGUACGAUGUACGAGGUCACCUCGUUCUCGAUCUCCCUGUUCAUGUUCACAAACACUUUGGUCCGCCCGUGGACCUUGCAUGCUCUAUUUGAGACGACUGUUGGCGAUAUCACGAACGAGCUGAGGAGCAGAUUUAAACCACAAAAUGAGGAUGAGAAGCGAGGGCAGGAGCGUUUUGAAGAAGAUUUGCGGAAUGCGAGCGAGAAGGAGAAGAUCUUCAUGAUAAAAAACUGUUAUCGCAUCGAGGAUCUUCCAGGAUUCUAUACCCGGAUGUCAAACACUAGAUCCACAGUCAAAUACAACAAGAACGGGUUCAUUUUGAAUCGGAACGUCGAGUUGGCGCCGGAGAAGUGGAAUGAGGUCGGGAGAAAGGAUUUCAUCUUGGGGCAGCUCUUGGAGAGGAAAGAGACUAGCGCCGAUCUGGACAAAUCUGUGAAAACGCUGAUGGAAGAUUAUGACCCGGAUCUUGUAGAAGAUGCUCAAAAGUUUGUGAAAGGGCAAUUAACAGAGGAAGAAAAGAAGGCGUUUAUGGGAAAAUUGGAUGCUCUGGAACAGAACAGAAAAGAUAAAUUGUUCCAAAUAUCGGCGGAUUAUAAAGAGGCGACCGAUCUUCUGGGAAGCACCGAGAGAGCGGAAAGAGAUUUGGCUGGCGGAAAGACGUUGGAAGAGUGGAGAAUCGAGAAGAAAGAGCUCGAGGCAAGGAGAGACGCCACGACGGAUCCACAAGCCCGCGAGGAGCUGAAUAGGGAGAUCGCCGACCGUCAGACUUCGAUCGAGCAAGCUCAAAAAAUUCGAAAUGAUCGCAGCGCCUAUUUGAAAUCUUUUCUUGAGCCCCCAGCUGAUGAUAUCAUCUCGCAAAACGAACAGAAAAUGAAGCAAGCCAAUGAAACAAUGAGAGAAUUGAUUAAACAUUAUGAUCCAAAGGUCGCGCAGAAGUUCGCGAACGAAAAAAUGACGAAACAGGAGAUAGAGGCUUUCGUUGCCGACAUGGAACCGCGGCAUCAGGAGCGCUUCUUACAGGCCGAGGGGGAGCGCCAAGAAGCCAAGGCGUUCCGCGAUACGGUUGAUACGGCUGAAAAGGGGGCUGCCAACGGGAAAACUUGCGAAGAAUGGAACAAAGAGAAGAGAAAGUUCGAGAAUAUGAGAGAGCAGGCCAACAAGCAGCCGAGCCCCGAUCAACAGAAAAUUGAUGACUUGAAUGCAAAGAUCAAAGAAAGCAAAGCUAACAUUGAGAAGGCUCAACAAGCUCAAGUUGACCUGAACAAGACUCUGAUUCGAGAUCGGGAGACGGACUUCUCAAGGCAAAUGACCGCGAAUGAUGGGGAUUUCGAGGCGAAGACCCGAGAUUUCCUAAAAGGGAUGAGCACUUUCAGGAGGCAAGAAGAUAUCACGACAGUCGUCAACGUGAAUAUCGUGAAGCACUCGCUGCAGAACGCGUUCGGUGUCACGAACUAUAAAGACAUCUUGGUGAAUGGGCAGCCAAUCUUUGCGCAAACCACCGACCUUGAGCUCAUGCAGUUGAGCGGGAUUUUCGACAACCCACAAAAGGCGAAGAUGUUUAUCGACGUGUCUACUGCGUUGAUCAACAGUUCCGACUGUUAUUGGAAGGGCAAUGACUCGAAGGAACUCGGCGCCGGCAUGAAACUUCUAAACCAGUAUGCGAUGGCCUUGGCGAGGGCGAAGGUACCGGCGGAAGAUCCGGGCUACGUGUUGAGUCAAAUCUUGCAAGCGGCCAACAGCGAGCCGCAGGGAGCCAAAUUCAUCGAAGCUCGAGACUUUUUCAACGACGUUAAGUCGAGCGUCGAAGAGAUCUACAAGAAUAAUCCGAAGUGUGUCCCUUUCGGGAAUCCUUACACGGCGUACGCGCACUUCAUGAAACACGACUCGCAGGGUGGAGUGACAAUAAAAGAGGCUUUGUUGACAAGUUAUCUCAUCGAGAAGAACGACAUGUUAUUCAAUCGAGGGUUGAUGACGCAGCAAUACCACUCGCAAGACGGCCAAUUCAAAUAUCGUUCGUAUAUUUCGAAAGCCGAUGCGCCGAGGACUUGGUUUGGUGCGACGGCAACGCCGACGAAUGGGAAAACCCCCGUCGCGAAGACACAGAUGGAAAAA